CUUCGACACUAACCACCAGCGACCGACCCCAUCGAAGUUCACUGUCCAGAUACUUCGACAAUCGCAACCAUGGCUGAUUCGGAAUACAACGCUGAGGAGGCUGCCGAGCUCAAGAGGAAGAGAGCGUUCCGCAAGUUUUCCUACCGUGGAGUCGACCUCGACCAGCUCCUCGACCUCUCCUCGGAGGAGCUCCGUGACCUCGUCCACGCCCGUGCCCGUCGUCGGUUCAACCGCGGUCUCAAGCGCAAGCCCAUGGGUCUGAUCAAGAAGCUGCGCAAGUCGAAGCAGGAGGCCAAGCCCAACGAGAAGCCCGACCUCGUCAAGACCCACCUCCGUGACAUGAUCGUCGUCCCCGAGAUGAUUGGCAGCGUCAUCGGCAUCUACUCCGGCAAGGACUUCAACCAGGUCGAGAUCAAGCCCGAGAUGGUCGGUCACUACCUUGGAGAGUUCUCCAUCUCAUACAAGCCCGUCAAGCACGGAAGGCCCGGUAUUGGUGCCACUCACUCUUCCCGUUUCAUUCCUCUCAAGUAAAUGGUCUGGGUCUUGGUUGCAUGAGUUUCUUUGUGGGGUGGACGAUGUACUUGAUGACCUACAACGAAUCCAGGUGUUAGGUGCAUUACCCUUGAUGGCUGUGACGCACAAAAGCGAUCACGGCGGGCAUGAAGAUAUGGUGUACAUAGCACCAUUUAACUACAUCAAAGAUACCUCCACACCAUCUUGCUGCGGUGUGACGACUCAUCUCUCCUAUUUUCUUGACUUCAUUCUAUUCCAACAUCUCACUCAUGUAGCAGUUUUGGACAUGGUACAAGGCCCAUGCGUUGCAUUGGCAAGAAAGUAUUAUGGAAUGGGUAUUGGUAAGAUAUGGAAACAAGCAGGACACAGAAUAUAAAUUCUACCUCCCAAGACGCAUCUCAACCUUUGC